AUGCCAAAAACAUUUUGGGCCUGCCUUGUCCUUGUCUCAUUGUGUCUUGUGUUGACAGUAGCCUCAAAGAAAGGAGGGAAAAGCAAAACUGGUGGCUGGGGUAGUAAUAGUGGGAGCAACCGGAACCCAAGCUACCCAGGAAACACAGGCAGCAAUUGGAAUCCAAGCCACGGUAAUAGAGGUGGCCAGAACCCAGCCUACCCUGGAAAUACAGGAGGUGGCUAUAAUCCCCACUAUCCCAACAACCCCGGAACCAACUGGAAUCAAGGUGGUGGCUACAAUUAUAACCCUGGCGGAAGCAGCUACAACAAACAAUGGAAACCUGACAAGAAAAAAACCAACAUGAAGAUGGUUGCUGGUGCAGCAGCAGUGGGAGUAGUCGGGGGCUUCGUCCUAGGAAAUGCCAUGAGCAACAUGAGAUACAACUUUGACAAUGAUAUGGACUAUCGUUACUAUAACUCCUACCGCAACCAGAUGCCCAACCAAGUCUACAAACCCCAGUACCAAGGCAGUCCAUAUGUGCCUGAAGAUAGGUUUGUCACCGACUGCGUCAAUACUACCAUGAUUGAAUAUGUAAUCAAACCAAAUGAGGGAAAGAACACCACUGAGGUAAAUGAAACCGAAGUCAGAGUCAAGAGCACCAUCAUACGGCAGAUGUGCGUCACUGAAUAUCAGCGCUCACCUGAAUAUUGGGGUCAAAAUUCUGGGCUGAAGAUAUUCUUUAGCUCAAGUCUCAUCUUUUCCAUUUCCCUCUUUGUGUAUUUUGUGGUGCAAUGA